GAAUGUGUUUUUAUGCCGGUUGAGGGUUGAGGCUCCAAAGUCCCACACACCCAAUAAUUUACUCUUACAAAUUCACAUCUUGAAUUAAUAAAUACAACCGUCUAUUCUAAGCUCUACCCAAUCUCUUUCGACUUUCAUUUCCAAGCUCUAACCCUGUGUUCAAUGGAAAUACAAGCCCCUCAUCCCAUCACCAAAUAUCCAGACCCUGAGAAACAUGAUGCCACCAGCGGCGGAAACCACGACGUCGAAGACGACGAGAUCUCCCCUAUCGAACAAGUCCGGCUAACCGUAACCAACACCGAUGACCCGACGUUGCCUGUAUGGACCUUCCGAAUGUGGUUCUUAGGCUUGUUCUCAUGCGCCCUUCUCUCUUUUCUCAACCAAUUCUUCUCUUACAGAACAGAGCCUCUCAUUAUAACCCAAAUCACAGUCCAAGUUUCCACACUUCCCAUUGGCCAUUUCAUGGCUUCUGUCUUACCCAAAACCCAGUUCGGUAUCCCGGGUUUCGGGUCGAAAAGAUUUUCUUUGAACCCUGGUCCAUUCAACAUGAAAGAGCAUGUUCUCAUUUGCAUCUUUGCCAAUGCCGGAAGUGCUUUCGGUAACGGGUCGGCUUAUGCGAUUGGUAUAGUUAACAUUAUCAAAGCGUUUUAUGGUCGGAACAUAUCGUUCUUAGCCGGUUGGCUUCUCAUUAUCACCACUCAGGUACUAGGCUAUGGCUGGGCUGGGCUGCUGAGGAAGUAUGUGGUGGAGCCAGCUCACAUGUGGUGGCCUAGCACUUUGGUGCAGGUCUCUCUUUUCCGGGCUUUGCAUGAGAAAGAUGAUAAAAAUGAUCGACGGAUGACAAGGGCAAAGUUCUUCCUCAUUAUACUAAUUUGCAGCUUCGUAUGGUACCUGGUCCCGGGUUACCUCUUCACAACCCUUACCAGCAUCUCAUGGAUCUGCUGGAUUUUCUCCAAGUCAGUUACUGCACAGCAAAUCGGUUCAGGUCUGAGGGGACUUGGACUAGGAGCCUUCACGCUUGAUUGGUCUGCUGUGGCAUCUUUCUUGUUCAGUCCACUCAUCAGUCCUUUCUUUGCCAUUGCUAAUGUUUUUGUGGGCUAUGUACUGAUAAUUUACAUAGCAAUCCCUGUAGCUUAUUGGGGCCUAGAUUUGUACAAUGCUAGUAGAUUUCCCAUAUUCUCUUCUCACUUGUUUACAGCCCAAGGACAAAAGUACAACAUAACAGCUAUCGUUAAUGACAAGUUUGAGAUUGAUUUAGCCAAGUAUGAAGAGCAGGGUCGAAUUAAUCUAAGCAUGUUCUUCGCUCUCACUUAUGGGUUCGGUUUUGCCACUAUUGCAUCGACAAUGACUCAUGUGGCCCUCUUCUAUGGAAGAGAGAUAUAUGACCGGUAUCGUGCUUCUCACACGGGAAAGGAGGAUAUUCAUACAAGGUUGAUGAGAAAAUACAAGGACAUACCUUCCUGGUGGUUUUACGCUUUGCUUGCUGCAACUUUUGUAGUAUCACUGGUGCUCUGCAUCUUCUUGAAUGACCAGGUGCAGAUGCCAUGGUGGGGACUCCUCUUUGCUGGUGCAAUGGCCUUUAUCUUCACCCUUCCAAUUAGUAUCAUAACUGCUACAACAAACCAGACACCUGGUUUGAACAUUAUCACAGAGUAUGUCAUGGGUCUCAUAUAUCCUGGAAGGCCUAUAGCGAAUGUCUGCUUCAAAACCUAUGGUUAUAUGAGCAUGGCUCAAGCAGUCUCCUUCCUCAAUGAUUUCAAGCUAGGACACUAUAUGAAGAUACCUCCAAGAUCCAUGUUCUUAGUUCAGUUCAUAGGAACAAUUCUUGCUGGAACCAUCAACAUAGCAGUGGCAUGGUGGUUGCUGAACUCUAUCGAGAACAUAUGCCAGGAUGAUCUCCUCCCUGCCGAUAGUCCCUGGACAUGUCCUGGUGAUCGAGUCUUCUUUGAUGCAUCAGUUAUAUGGGGUUUGGUUGGCCCGAAGCGGAUCUUUGGAUCUCUAGGAAACUAUCCAGCUAUGAAUUGGUUCUUUUUAGGAGGAGCAUUAGGACCCGUCAUUGUUUGGCUCUUGCACAAGACAUUUCCCAAGCAAUCUUGGAUUCCCCUAAUUAACCUUCCGGUUCUUCUAGGAGCAACAGGAAUGAUGCCACCAGCAACACCAUUAAACUACAAUGCCUGGAUUUUAGUUGGAACCAUUUUCAACUUCUUCGUAUUCCGUUACAGGAAGAAGUGGUGGCAAAGGUACAAUUACAUUCUCUCGGCAGCUCUGGAUGCUGGGGUAGCUUUCAUGGCAAUACUAUUGUACUUUUCAGUGGGAAUGGAAAAUAGAAGUGUGACGUGGUGGGGCACGGAAGGUGAACAUUGUAAGUUAGCAACUUGUCCAACAGCCAAGGGAAUAAUGGUUGAUGGUUGUCCAGUUAAGUAAUGAAUGCACUCCUCUGAUAAAAUCAUUCAAGAGUUGCACACCAUAGAAUUAGCAAGGAAUAUGAAAUUAGUAUAGUUAAAACCUUAAGGUGUCUACACAAUUUCCAAUGUUACAUGUAAGAUCGUUGUUCCAAAAUAACUUUCCUUAAGAUUCAUUCUUAGGAUUUAUUCCUUAGCCGAAUACAAACUUUAUGUCCAAAGAAAAAUCAUAGUCGGCACCAGAUGAUGUUUCAAUUUGGGAAUUGUUCAUGAAAUACAAAAGAAGUUUGAUGAACUUUCAAA